GGACGGGAGUCGCCCGGCGGAGACUUCAAAGUCCGCCUGGGUGGGCCUGGCGGUCUUGGUAACCUUGUGUUUUAUCACACAUUACAUUUACUGUUUCUCCUUCUUGACCCAAUAUUGCAAUAUGGCUGCCUAAGCCCCUUAAAGGGGACUUGAGUCUGAAGUCUGGGAGAUAGUUUUGUGCAUAAAUACUAAAAUUAUUUUUGCUUUUUUUAAGGAGAGCAUCUACUAUUUAGUAGACAUGACUUGCCUAAAUAUUUUAGCUAAUGAGUAUUAUUAUUAUUAUUAUUUAUUAAAUUUCUAUACAACCCUUCAUCCGAUGUUCCAUUUUUCCUCUCCUAAGCAAUAUAAUUAUGUUAAACACAAUAAACUUCUAAUAAUAUUAAAGCAACCUGGUUAAAAUUAUGCUAUAAAACUUCAGCAACAACAUAAGGAAAGAAAAUGUUCCGGGGCUGAUUAAAGCUUGUUGGUGUCCAGGGCGAGAUCACCCUUAGCUUAAUAGUUCCAAAACUUCAUUGAUGUAUUUGAGGGGAAAUCCUUGAGUAUCUUCUUGGCAAGAAUUAAACUAAUCUUAAGAGGGAGCAGAUGUAUUUAUGUACCAUAGUUUCAAAACACGGGGUGGUAUCCUAUAUUUGUCAAAUUCAGAGUAGAACCACUGAAAUCAAUGGAGAUUUGCAUCCACUACUUUCAGUGGGUCUACUCUAAGUAAAACGUAGUUGGGUACAACCCAUAAAUUCCUAGUUUAAUUUGACUUUAAAGGGGAAAAGGCUUCUCAGCAUAUGUAGCCAACUACAAGCAAGUCAUACAUAUGCCUACAGAUUCCACUUUUCCUUAAUACCCUACAUUUCUGCACUUUUAUUUUCUACAUAGUAACAGGAUUUGGAAACUAAUGUUGCAGCCUGACACUAAGUUAGUUUAUUUGGACUUCCUUUGAUUUGGGUGGGACUCAUGUCCAAGUUUACAGGCUAUGGACUAAAUAUUUAGUUUUCUUCUUGACAUUUUAUUUUUAAGGCUUCCUCCCUUCUGCCAUUAUAAGAAGGGGAACAUUAGUGCUUGUAAGGAAGAAGGAACUACAGUGUUUUAAGGAAGUGUGUAUUUUGAAAAAGAGAACAAAUUAUGUUUAGCCAGAAAGAUGAAAGUACUGAAUGAAAGAUACUUUAUAAAGAAAUUGCAUGCAAUGUUUUGCUUUCAGGUUUUUAUUUUAUUAUGGCCUGGAAGUUAAUCAGAUUUGCACAAAACUAUCUCCCAGGCUUCAGACUCGUCCCAUUCUCCUAUCUUAUUUCAUCGUCAUGAACAUAUAUGAUUCAUUCCCGUCCAAACUGAGGAAUAGCAGUGAUGUAAGUGAACUGACAUACGAUAUGUCGUGUGAACUCUACAGGAUGUCCACCUUUUCGACUUUCCCUCGGAAUGUACCUGUAUCUGAAAGGAGUCUCGCCCGCGCCGGUUUCUACUACACUGGUGUGAAAGAUAAAGUAAAAUGUUUUAGUUGUGGCUUGAUGUUGGAUAACUGGAAAAAAGGUGACAAGGCUCUGGACAAGCAUAAGCAACUCUAUCCUAGCUGCAGCUUUGUUAAGAGUUUGACUCCAUUGAACAAUCUCGGUUCAUCAUUUAAUUCUGCCUUUUCACCUCCAACUGCCUUUGGCUUUUCUUCUUCACAUUCCCCGACACCACCAGCAAAUAUGGAUCAAGUUGGCUAUUUCAGUGGAAGCUUUUCAAGCUUUCCUCAUGAUCCAGUCACAUCCAGGGCAAUUGAAGACUUGUCCCAUUUGAGACCUAAAACAGUCAAUUAUGCAAUGAGCACAGAAGAAGUCAGACUGCGCACUUUUGAGUCAUGGCCACUGACAUUUCUGUCACCAUCUUCUUUGGCAAAAGCUGGAUUUUAUUACAUUGGGCCUGUGGACAGGGUGGCUUGUUUUGCCUGUGGUGGUCAACUGAGUAACUGGGAGCCUAAGGAUAAUGCCAUGUCGGAACAUCGGAGGCACUUUCCAAACUGCCCUUUUGUGGAACAAAUGUGUGACCAGACCAGUUUCACAGUCUCCAAUAUGAGCAUGCAAACCUACGUAAUGCGCCUCAGCACUUUCAAAACCUGGCCAGCUGCAGUUCCAGUUCAGCCACCGCGGCUUGCAGAUGCUGGCUUCUAUUAUGUGGGUCGCAAUGAUGAUGUUAAAUGUUUCUGCUGUGAUGGUGGACUCAGGUGUUGGGAGUCUGGGGAUGAUCCAUGGGUGGAACAUGCUAAAUGGUUUCCAAGAUGUGAGUACCUGCAGCAUAUGAAAGGACAAGAGUUUGUCCAUCAAAUCCAAGUGAGAUUCCCCCAUCUUCUUGAACAGCUGUUAUCCACUUCAGAUACACCAGUGGAUGAAAAUGUUGAUCCAAUUAUUCAUUUUGGACCUGGUGAGAAUGCUUCAGAAGAUGCAAUCAUGAUGAAAACCCCAGUGGUUGAAGCUGCCUUGGAGAUGGGAUUCAGCAAAAGACUAGUCAAGCAGACUGUUCAGAGUAAAAUCUUAGCAACUGGAGAGAAUUAUAAAACUGUAAAUGAUCUUGUAUCCGACCUCAUUGCUGCAGGAGAUGAGAAGAAUGAAGAAGAGAAGGUGGUGCAAGCAGAGGAAGUGACAUCAGAUCUGUCCUUAAUCAGAAAGAACCGAAAUGCAUUGUUUCAGCGCUUGACAUGUGUGCUUCCUAUCCUUGAAAGUUUAUUAACAUCCAAAGUAAUAACUGACGUUGAAUACCAUGUUAUUAAACAAAAAACCCAGACACCACUGCAAGCAAGAGAACUGAUUGAUACCAUCUUGGUGAAAGGAAACACAGCUGCAAACAUAUUCAGAAACUGUUUACAAGAGUGCGAUUCUGUAUUAUACAAAGACUUGUUCGAGGAGAAGAAAAUGCCUUAUAUUCCGACAGAAGAUGUUUCAGGCCUGCCCAUGGAAGAACAGCUGAGACGAUUGCAAGAAGAGAGAACAUGCAAAGUUUGCAUGGACAAGGAAGUGUCCAUUGUCUUCAUCCCAUGUGGCCACUUAGUUGUGUGCAAAGAAUGUGCCCCUUCCCUUAGAAAAUGCCCUAUUUGCAGAGGGACAAUCAAGGGUACAGUGCGGACAUUUCUUUCAUGAAGGGCAUAAGAUGAGUUUGAUCAGCAAGAUACUCACACUGCAGCCCAGUGGACACUUUUU